GCAACUUUGCGACCUUGCUUCACGGAAACAUUCACAAGGCGGGUCCUCACAUUUCUCAGCAUGGAAAUAGAUUCCGCGUUUCGGGCGCUUCUUCUCCUUUCGUGCUGCUUGAUUUUUUGUUUUACUCUCUGUUUCUCCCUACAGAGGACGUUCUUCUUUUUUUCGUCUUCCCUUUCGUCUUUGCCGGGGCCUGGAAUUUUGCACUACUUUCCGAAUGGCCUUUUGUAUCCUAUGCUUCUCAACCCAGACAGCUUCAGUCGUGUUAUUGAAAAGCUUGGGGACGUCUAUGGGGAUGUAUUUACGAUGUGGAUUGGUCCGACCCGUGUUUGUGUCACAGCCAUACCCGAAGAUGUGAAACAUAUAUUGUCUGCUGCUGAGGAUUUUGACAGACCGCCUGCCGUCAAGUCUGUUUUCCAGGUCAUGGCGCCUGACGGGAUCCUUUGCAUGACGGGAUCCAAACAUCGAUACUUGAGAAAGAAGAUAAGAGACGGUUUUCAUCAUGGUAUGAUUGAUUCUUUUCAUGGCCAAAUGACAGACGCAACUCGGGAACUUUGUGAUUCUUUGUACUCUGUUUGUCAAAACGGGGUUACUUGUUCGUCGGAAACCGUAGAUCUCUCUGAAGUAAUAUCCAUUGCGACGUUCCGUGUCGUGACCCAAGUGGCAUUUGGUGUCGCCCUGAGCCGCGAAAAGCGGCUCGAGUUUCUGGAAAAAGUUCGUGAAUUAGCAGAUGAAAUGACCAGGGAUAUCGUGAGCUAUCCCAUUCGUGAAAUUUUAGAACCACUAGGAAGUCGAAGGAGACUUUUCAAGGUCUGCGAUAGUAUUCGAGAGACGUGUGCUGGUUUCUUGGAGAUGCGCAUGAAAGGUCCACAACUUGAGAAGAACUUGCGUAGCAGGGACUUGCUUGAUGCUCUUCUCGCGACUGAAAAUACCUCUCUUGAAACGCUUACUUCAAUAGUGACAGAGUUUACUCUUGGUGGCACGUACUCCAUGAGUCAGUUGAUAAUAUGGGGUGUGUACGAAGUAUGCUGCAAUGAAAACAUCAGAAACAAAAUUGAGAAAGAACUCGAUCGGGAGAUGGGGACCAGUUCUCUUCAAGAACCGAUAUCGUUUGAAAGUUUCAAGAAGCUAGAUUAUGUUCGCAAUGUAUGGAAGGAAACUUGUCGCAUUCAUCCUGUUGGUCCGUUUAUGACUCGACAAACAACAAGGAACAUAACUUUGAAGGGAAGUGGGCUUCAACUGCGAAAAGGCACAGAGGUGUUUGCAGACUACAGAAGAUGUCAUUUAUGUCCGCAGCAGUGGAACGAUUCUGCAAGUUUUAGACCAGAGAGGUGGCACUCUGUGAAUUCUGCGGAACGUGGAAGACCUACGACGGGCUUGUUCAUUCCUUUUGGACUUGGUCCACAUACUUGUCCCGGCAACUUUCUUGCAGACCAUGAAGGAGCACUCAUAAUGGCAGAGCUUUUCCGUCGUUUUCGAUUUACAUUGGCUUGUCGACCUGGCGAAGUGAGGGCCUCAACGACUUUUGUCGAGACACCAGUCGCAGAAAUUGGUGAAAGGGUUGGAGUACAAAAAUCAGUCCCUUUCUACGUGCAACUAAGGGGCACUUAGACACUUCUUAUGCCUCGUACCGUAUACAGCUGGUAUUCCAUGGUCUAUGCUAGUAGAAGUACGGGUGGAACGCAUCUUCGGGUCUCAUAGGUACAGUAACGUCUAAUAGCUGUCGCCAAAGGGUGUUUCCCGUUAGAUGUUUAUCAUUUCAUCAAUGCGUCCAAAAGGCAACCGUUUCCAUGCUCUCUGUGAAUUCUUAUAGCGGAACGAGUUUCUG